AUGACUGUCCAGGGUAAGGCUUUCUACUCGAGAUACAUAACAAGCGAUAUCUCUAGUUUGAUCUUAUCCUGUAUAUUCACUUCUAUUAAUGCAAUGAAUAAUGGUGGAGCCAUUUAUUGCCAUCAAUUCAAUACACAAAAUUUAAACGUCACAGAUUGCAUUUUCUACAGAUGCUGUGUAUUAAUUGAAAACUCUAUGGCAGGAGCAAUCUAUUCAAAUUGCGAUAAUGUUUCUUUAAUAGAAUCCUGUUUCAUUGAAUGCAAAGCAACUCAAUCAUGCGAUAUGGUAUACUGUUAUUCUAAAUACAAUUAUGCGUCAAAUUUGUUCUUUUCAUGCCAAAAUAAUCAAUAUAAUCCAUUUUUUCUUUCAAUUCUUACAAAGUCUGACAAUUUGAAUAUUUCGCAUUCUUCAACCCAAACGUAUCGCAUAACUGAUACAGUGAUUAUUGAUUUUGAAUUUAAUAUGAGUUAUUCUAUGUUUUACCACUUAAAUGCUUUUAAUUUCAUGGGCACACGGUGUAACAUGGAUGCCUGCGAAUUUAUUCAUUCAACUAUUACAGAUUUCUACUGUUUUACCUUCAAAAAUUGCGUUUUAGAAGCUUUUAAUAUUUCCCAUUGUUAUAUUACGUCAUAUUCCGAAAAUAACUAUUUGAUUACCAAUAAUGUAUCAGAAAUUAAAACUCUGCCAGCCUCUUUUACAAUAAUUUCUCAAGUUCCUGAAUCAAAAAUAAAACCAAUCGAAUUCCCGCUUUUAAAGCUUAACAAUGAAAUAUCUAAUCAAAAGUUUAAUACUACAAUCAAUGUUUUAUUGUUAACUUCAAAUUUCAAAAUAUCAAAUUGCAUAUUCGAAAAUGUUGUCGAAAAAGAUAAGUCAAUCAUCUCAUUUUUAUUACAAAGUUACUCCUACAGUAUACAAUCCUCAAAUAUAUUGAUAGAAAAUUGUUAUUUCGGAAAUUGUUUAAGUUAUUCAUCAUCUUGCUUCUUAAAAUGCAAUCUUCCUGAAGCAUCUAUAACAAUUAAUCGAAACUGUGGCUAUAAUUGUGUUGGAUUCGCUCAUGGAUACUUAGAUUUAUUUAAAUUAAAAUCAACACUUUACAACAGCUCAAGUAUAGUUGAAUGUCCCAGGAAUGAAUAUGAAAGUAUCAAAAUGACGUAUAGAAUCAGUUCUGGACAAGAUGAUAUAGUAGAUCAAAAAAUUAUUGGUUUAAACUUCUCAAAUUCAGUUCCUUAUCUACUGACAUCAGAUCAUUAUCAAGUAGAAAUGAAAUACUCUGUAUAUCAUAACUUAACAAGCUUUUGUGUUUUAAGAUGGCGAAAUUCUUUAGCAAAAAAUUGCAUUUUUGAUGGUUGCCACCUAAAUGAGAAGAGAUCAUUUAACAAAUCAUUGAAUUACCAAUAUGUUGGCUCCAAUGCAAAGUUUUCUAAUUGUAUUUACAUCAAUUCUUUCUAUACUGAAUCAGAUUUACAAUAUUUUGAAAAUUCGACGGUUUUACAUCAAGGAAAUAUUUCUGAAUUUAAGGUUAUCUCGAUUUCGGACUAUUUACUUAAAGAUUGUCCAACACCAUCUAUAACUCCUCAAAAACAUAUAACUGUUGGCCUCCUAAUCCUUUAUUCGGCCUUAUCUUUGUUGGCUAUCUUAAUUGUGUCGGGAAUUGUCAUUCUUCUGCACUACAGAAAGCAUCAGAAGGUGAUAGAGGAUAGAAAUUAUCUUGAGAAAACGAUCUUUAACGAUUUCGGAUGA